AUGAAGUACGCACUCCCCGCCCUCUCCCUCCUCGCGACCACUGCCCUCGCAACCCCCAUCCCCGACGCCGUCGCCGCCGCCCCGCCCGCCUUCAAAAUCAACAAAGUCGUCUACGGCGGCUCGGGCUGCCCUCAGGGCACCAUCGACGUCGACUACACCAACAGCGCCAUCCUGCCCAUCUACUUCUCCAAGGACUUCACCGCCUCCGUCGGCCCCAAUAUUGUCGCCGACCAGUCGCGCAAGAACUGCCAGCUCAAUAUCGAUAUUCUGUACUCGCCCGGUUACUCCUUCUCGGUGUACAGCGCGGAUUACAUGGGCUGGGGAGACUUGGAUGACGGCGUUAAGGGUGUGGUCAAGGCGCAGUAUUAUUUCUCCGGUCAGACGCAGACUGCUUCUUCCACCAUGGUCCUCAACGGCCCCUUCACGGGCAAGUACACCAAGCACGACGACGUCCCUAUCUCCGUCUGGUCGCCCUGCGGAGGCGAGGGCAUGCUGAACGUCAACUCCGAGGUUGCGCUUACGCCCAUGGGAGGUUCCGGCAGCGGCACGCUAGCGGCUGUCAAGGAGAGCGGCCGCUUCACCAACGUGCUAUACAUCAAGUGGCGACAGUGCUAG